AUGAGCUGCUUGAUUCUCUGCCCAAAAACCCAACGUAGAAAAAUGGAAGAGGAAUCCUACAUGAAAUCCAGUGGAUGCACCAUUAGGGAAUGCCAAGACAUGAUUCAAACAAGUCUUCAGACUCCCAUGGUGAAAAUUUUGAAGAAGCAUAUGGAGAAAGAUGGGUGUAAGUUAGGGGAUAAUUUCAUCAAGGCAGUUCAUUGCAAUAGGCAGAUGGGUGGAGGCUAUGUUCCUGGUAAAGCAAUAGUGGUGUGUAGCAACUAUGUCAGCUUGCGAGACGAGGUCAAUCAAGUAGUUAUACAUGGUCUUAUUCAUGCAUAUGAUGAAUGCCGCGCUGCAAAUUUGGACUGGACAAAUUGUGCUCAUCAUGCCUGUAGUGAGAUUCGUGCUGGCCAUCUAAGUGAUGAUUGCCACUACAAACGGGGAUUGCUGCGGGGUUUUAUGAAGAUAAGGGGCCAUGAACAAGAAUGUCUGAGAAGAAGAGUUAUGAAAUCAGUGACUGCUAACCCUUUCUGUUCCAAAGCAGCUGCAAAGGAUGCCAUGGAGGCAAUGUGGGAUAUCUGUUACAAUGACACAAAGCCCUUUGACAGAGCUCCAUGAAAUUCAGUCAUAUCAAUCCCCCACAGUUAAGCCUGGCAUUUCAUUUCAAAUGAUUCUGGAAUGAAUCCUAUUUUUGUAUUGAAUAGGAAGAAGCCCUGGUUCUUUAAUUGCAUGCAUUUCAAUCUAGAGUUAAUAUUCAUUUCUCUCUCUUGGAGAUGACUGAAAGAAAAGUUGUACCAUUUCCAAAUGUUAUACAAAUUCUACACUAAUGGUUAUUGAGGUCUGAUUAAGAGAAUAAGAAUUCUUGUUUAUACCAAUUCUGCUGGAUUCAUUAACUUUCACUCUCCCCAAAUCCCUUUUCUUUUGUGGAUUCUAGUUGGGUCAAUAACAUGCUGUUGGUUCUCGAUUCAUUCAUUUUCAUGCACGACA